AUGUCCUCCACACAACCUUCCAGUGCUAUCUCAUGGCAUCCAAAUCUCCUUGCCAUUCAAGGAGGCUUGUCAUUACUCACACCUCCUUCAUACUCAUUCCCAAAGGACAGAAACUAUUUCUGCUUAAAGGAGGUAGACUGGAUCCUCUUUUCAGCCAUGCAAACUGUUACUGCCACCCCAAACAACUCAGAACUAAAAUAUACAGGCCCACUCUUCCAGUGCCUCACUACCAUCCAGAUCAUUGGUUCUGGCACUUCACACACUCCGUCUACUGGACAAAAAGCCAGCUGGAAAUGGCUAGAGGACAUGCUACACCACACCACCUCUAUCUUCAGCAUGGACUCCAUACUCCCCUUGGAGUUCUCCAUGCUACCCCUUCCCUCCUCCUACAGCUACCUUCACAUCCACAAGAAGCAGUCCCAUGCUGUUUGGUGCAUAUACCUACCAUCAACCAUGGAAACCCAAAACCUGAAAGCCUGA